AUGCUUCAUUCUCUAGGUUCCAACGGGUCUGGACAACUUGGAAUAGGCCACGAGCAAGACGUUUCAGUACCAACGGAAUGUAUCCUACCCGGCGACGCGACACCGGCAAGCAUCGCCACUGGAGGAAAUCAUACUAUCGUCCUUACAACAUCGGGUGUACCUUUGAGCUCGGGACAUGCCUCUGAUGGACGAUGUGGUAGCGUGAUAGGGGCAAGUCAACCUUCUUCAAUCGGGAACUCCACAUCAUUCUCAAUUUUCGUAUCAAGUGAGUCCAAUACAGACGAGAUCAGUACAUAUAAGCAUUGUGCCGCUACUUGGGAGGCAUCUAUUCUUGUCACUACAGAUGGGAAAAGGAUCUUCACUUGUGGUUCCGGAAACAAAGGGGAAUUGGGCCAAGGUCCCGGCACUGUCACUUCCCCUCAAGCUCGUUGCAUUCUGGACCUUGCAGACAAGGAUACAAUUGUUGUUGACGUGUCUGCCGGUAUGAGUCACGCGGUUGCCGUUCUUUCAGACGGCAGUGUCUACGGCUGGGGUGUUGGACGUAAAGGACAGCUCGGCGACUUGAAAGAAGACAGUUGGGCCCCACGUAUAAUUAAUGGCAUCCCAUUCAAAGCCGUUCGUGCUGCUUGUGGUAGAGAAUUCACAUACAUCGUUUCAGAUGACAAGCAAGGUCAGCAUGUGGUUCUCGGAACCGACAAGUGGAAUAUACGAAGCAACGCGCCCGACUCAGCAAGAAAUUGGAAGGACAUAGGUGCCAGUUGGGGAAAUAUCUUUGUACUGAGCACGUCUGGUGUACUGCAUGGCUGGGGCCGGGAUGACCAUGGACAGUUGCCACCGCCUGGUCUCCCUGCAAUCGAGAAAUUUGCUGCAGGGAGCGAGCAUGUCAUUGCAGUCUCUCGUGCUGGCGAUGUUCUUGCAUGGGGCUGGGGAGAGCAUGGGAACUGUGGGAUACCUACAACAACGACUGGUGAUGUUACCGGAAGAUGCAAUACACUGCCAGUGCCAGGCCGUGUUCACUCUGUUGGGGCUGGAUGCGCCACCAGUUGGAUAUGGUGA